UUUAAAAGGCUGGUGACUCCCUCCUCAUUAGGCACACUUCAACAAACUCUCUAUAUCACACUUCCCCUCUCAGUUUCAACCAGCACAUGGAAAUGGAGGACCAAAUAGAGAGCCAGAAGAGAAGAGGAAUAAGCAGAGAAGACCUAAUAUCUGAACGGACAGGGUCUUUGGGAUGUUGUGGCUGGUUCAUAUUCAUACUGUCUGGCAUCUUUACAAUUUGCCUCUUCCCCAUCACCAUCUGGUUUUGUCUGAAGAUUGUUCAGGAAUAUGAACGUGCAGUCAUCUUCAGACUAGGCCGCAUCACAGACAGGAAGGCUAAAGGACCAGGGAUUUUCUUUAUUUUGCCGUGCACUGAUACCUUUGUGAAAGUGGAUCUGCGAACAGUUUCCUUUGACAUCCCACCCCAAGAGAUCCUGACCAAGGACUCAGUUACAGUUUGUGUGGAUGGAGUGGUGUACUUCCGGGUCAAUGACCCCAUCGCCUCAGUGGCCAACGUGUCUAAUGCUGACUUUGCCACCCGUCUGCUGGCUCAAACCACCCUCAGAAACGUCCUGGGGACCAAGAACCUGGCUGAGCUCUUGUCUGACCGUGAGGGCAUCGCCCAUAGCAUGCAGACAAACCUGGAUGAAGCCACAGACGCCUGGGGUAUCAAGGUUGAGCGUGUGGAAAUUAAAGAUGUGAAGCUGCCAGUUCAGCUGCAGAGAGCCAUGGCUGCUGAAGCAGAGGCUACACGAGAGGCCAGAGCCAAGGUGAUUGCAGCAGAAGGUGAGAUGAACGCAUCUCGUGCCCUGAAGGAGGCAUCCCUCGUGAUAGCAGAGUCUCCGUCAGCCCUGCAGCUUCGCUACCUGCAGACUCUCAACACCAUCGCAGCAGAGAAGAACUCCACAAUCAUCUUCCCCCUGCCCAUGGAUGUCCUGUCUCACUUCAUGCGGAAGUGAGACAUCAGUUCAGUUUGCUGGGUUUAAAGAAAAUU